GAGUGUAUAACACUCAGCAGCCAGCCACAAUGUGUGUCAGAGGACUGUCUGUGCUCCCAAAGUAGAUGACUGCUCCAAAUCUGGUGUCUAUAUUACUGACUACGAGAUACGAGAAAAAAUUGGUUCGCACAUUAUCAUCCCGAGUCAGGACAAGGUUUUUCGAUUGUGGGAUAGAAUGCCGGCGAUCAUGAGUAAAAACUCCGAUUUGGAGUUUGACUCCUUACAACCGUGUUUCUACCCGGAUGAGGACGACUUCUACUUCUGUGGUCCCGACUCUGCGCCACCGGGGGAGGACAUCUGGAAGAAAUUCGAGUUGUUGCCCACUCCGCCCCUCUCUCCGAGCCGAGCAGCGCUACCGGGGGAGCCGGCGACUGCCUCCCCGGAAGCAGACCCUCUGGGCUUCGGCUUGGGGGACCCACUGGACUGGGCUUCGGAGCUCCUGCUCCUUCCCGAGGACGAUAUCUGGGGGGCGUCCGACGAUGGGGACCUGUUCGGCUCCGCUUUGGAUACUAACCCCAACAGCAUCAUUAUCCAGGACUGUAUGUGGAGUGGCUUCUCUGCCAGGGAAAAGCUGGAGCGGGUGGUAACGGAGAAACUCGGCAAGGCUAUUUCCACUGCCACAGGAGGCGGCAGGAACGUGUGCGUCAAGGCGCCGGAGGUGGUGAGCCGCAGCUCGGUGUCAGAGUGCGUGGACCCCACGGUAGUCUUCCCUUUCCCGGUACACAAGCGGAACGGCAACAGGGACUCAUCCGGGACCGUUAACAUAUCCACAACCCACAAGAGCGCUCACAGUGACUCCGAAGAGGAAGAUGACGAUGAUGAAGUGGAAGAAGACGAGGAGAAUGAGGAGGAGGAGGACGAGGACGAGGAGGACGAGGAGGACGAGGAAGACGAGGAGGAGAUUGACGUGGUCACAGUAGAGAAGAGGCGCGCCACGAUUGGGAAGGCAUCGCCCAUGGCUGCUGGCACCGUCACCAUCUCUGUACAUCCCAAGAGCCAAGACACGCGAGGAAACGUCUCAGGGUGCGGCGCAGGGAGUCGGUUCGUCAGCCGACCUCCUCAGGAGCUGAUCCUGAAAAGGAGCUCGGUCCACCAGCAGCAACACAACUACGCAGCCCCUUCACCGUAUGCCUCAGAUGAUGACCCUGCCCCACCUCCAAAGAAGCAAAAGACAUCAGAUGUCCCACGGCCUCCCACCAGAACCAUCUCUUCAUCCUCCUCAUCUUCCUCCACAUCCUGCAGCUCAUUCACCAGCUCGUCGGGGGCUCGCAGCAAGCGCAGCGCCAGCGGAGACAGCAGCCCGCGUGGCAGCUCCGACUCAGAGGACAGUGAGCGCAGGCGUAACCACAACAUCCUGGAGCGCCAGCGCCGCAACGACCUGCGCUCCAGCUUCCUGACACUGCGUGAUCACGUGCCAGAGCUGGCACACAAUGAGAAAGCAGCGAAGGUCCUGAUUCUGAAGAAGGCCACCGAGUAUGUGAACUCGCUGGAGACAGAGGAGAUGGAGCUCCAGCAGGAGAAAGACAGGCUCCAGGCCCGCAGGCAGCAGCUGAUGCGCAGGCUGGAGCAGGCUAGGACUCGCUAACAGACAACCACUACAACACGGAAACACUCACAUAUGCCCUGAAUGACCCCCACCCACAACCCUCCACCUCAACUCAGUCUGUCUGAAACACAGUUAGAUGCACACACACAAACACACACACACACACAAACAGGUCUAUACACUUAAGCACAGACACAUAGGCCUGCAUAUAUGUUUGUACAUGUGCACACACAAACAUCUCAGAGGACGUUUAUCUUCAGAUGCUGACACACACACACACACACACACCUGGAGGAGAAGGGGGGAGGAAGGGGUGGGGGUUGUUGCCGGAGGGAUGCUCGGACUUUCACUGCCGCCACUUUUUUUGCACAUUUGUUGACGUUAAGAAUGUUUAGGGUUUACUUUUUCAAUCCAGUCACAUUGAGGAAAGAUUAGAAAGAAAGAAAAUAACGAGGAAGGAGAGAAGACACAUUUUCUUUUAGUCUUCCCUUCCUCUAGUUUUUAUAUCAUUUCUAUUUGUAUCUUGGUUUGGUUUUGUUUUUUUUGUACUCACUGUGACACCAGCCUGGAAUCAGGUGAUUCCCACAGGGAUGAGGUGUCAAAGGGCACUUUGCUUGGAGAGUUCACAUACAAGAAAGCAGUGCACACUUACUUUGCCUUCACCACUGCAAAAAAUUAAAAAAAAACAAAACAAAACAAAAAAAAAAGACUAUGACGACUGAGGCGUUUAUGGGUCACGUAAAAAACAAUGCCACUACAGGUUCUGUUUCUCUCACUCCUCUCUCUCCCACACACACACUGGUGCUCAAACCAAGUCAGUGGAUGUAUAACUGUGCACCUUGCUAGCCGACACUUUUGUAUAUAACAAUAGUGUACAGACAAAAUACACUCAGAUCUGCCUUGUUUUGUAAUACAUUUUUGUCCUUGUUUUUUUUAUACAUGUCAGGAAGCUGCCAAUAACUAGACUGGAAGUUUAUAUACCUUUAAAAGUACUGUAAGGCCUCGAUUUUUGAGAGUCAUGAAACUUUGUAAGAUAACAAUAUAUUGUUUUUUUCUUCUCUUUUACUUUGUAUUGUAUCAUAUUACUAAUUCUACACACCUUUAUGCUUUUAGUGUGAACCUGAUACAUACUAAAUUUGAUACUUAUAUUUUCGUAUGAAAAUGAGUUCUUGGUAGAUAUCACUUUAUCUCGUCAUUUUUUCCCCCUCCUUAUAUCUCAAAUAAUUCUUUUGUACAGCAAAUGUGUUCUAUCCUCAUGUACCUGGCCCUUUUCUUUCCUCCUCUUUUGUUUAUAUUUGUAACUAUCGGGUGCAUAGAACUGGGUAUACGGAUAUAAGAUGUUUGUUUUUUUCACUUUUAAAAUGUACAUUUAGUGCUGCAACUCAUAGCACUUUGAAAUACCUCAUUUUGAAAAAUAAAUAGACAUCAUAAAA